AUUAGCACUGCUUCGUUUAUUUUUUUGUUCGUGCUCGUUCUUUGAAAUUUUCGCUGCGGUGGAAACAGUGGUCAGCUAGUCUUGCCGGUCUCAUCAAAAUAAAAAAAAUUUACUUUUGCUUUAAAGUCGAUGAUUUCAAAUCCUAUAUGAGCAAUUAAAUUGACUAUUCUUUUAAAUUAUUAUUUUCACCUGUGUUUCUGUAUAAUUGCCAAAAUGAAUGCUGAAAACAUUCAAAAAGAGAUGAAAUAUCCAUCUCUUAUAGAAGACUUUCCAUCUGGCCCAUUAGAUAAUUAUAGGAAGAGAUCAUCUUUUGAUUAUAAGCAAAUGAAAAUGCUGUUAUUUGGUAGGGACAUGAUUGAAUUUCAGAACAGGGUUUGGAAAACCUUAGAAGCUGAUCCACUCUUUCAUCAACUUCCAACAGCAGAGCUCACACGUCAAGAGGCUCGUAAACUCUGUUUCCAAAGAAUGAAACGCAUUAAGGAAUAUAAAUUUUUCACAGAUGAUGAAUUUAGAGAAAAUCCUCUGAUCGCUUUAAACCUCUAUAUCUGUGUAGGAAUGAUUGAUUGGUCAUUAGCAUUGAAACUAUUGUUAGGCAUUGAGUACUUUAUUAUGGUGUUGCGUAUGUCUGGAACAAAACGACACGCUGAUUUAAUGAAUAAAGUCCGAGAUUUUGAAGCUGUUGGUUGCUUUGCCUUAACAGAAAUGGCACAUGGAACAAACACUAGAUCUGUUAAAACAAUUGCUACUUAUGACCCUAUAACUCAAGAGUUUGUUUUAAACACUCCUAGAUUAGAAGCAACUAAAAUGUGGAUUGGAAAUUUAGGCCAGACUGCUUCACAUGCUGCAUUGUAUGCACAAUUAUAUACCCCUGAUGGACAAUGCCAUGGCCUGCAUGCAUUCUUAGUACCUAUUCGUGAUCCCAAAACACAUCUGCCAUAUCCUGGUAUUACUGUUGGUGAUAUGGGACCUAAACUAGGUUUGCAAGGAUUGGAUAAUGGCUUCAUGUCAUUUCAAAACUACAGAGUUCCUAGAGAAUCUUUAUUAAGUAGAACUGGAGAUGUCACACCUGAAGGACGAUAUGUCACUCCUUUUAAAGACCCCAACAAAAGAUUUGGUGCCUCAAUGGGGUCAUUAUCUUUGGGUAGAAUGGGAAUUUUAAGUGUUGGAGUCGCAAAUCUGCAUAUGUGUCUUCCUAUAGCCAUUCGUUAUGCUGCCAUCAGGAGACAAUUUGGACCUCCAGGAAAAGAGGAAGUGCCUAUUCUGGAAUAUCAACUCCAUCAAUACAGGUUGCUUCCCUACCUUGCAGCUGCUUAUACAUUGUAUCACUUCAUCUCCCGUUACAACAAUGACCUAAUAAAUAUUCAAAUGAAAAUCAUCUUGGGUGAAAAAUCAGAAGAAUUGUCUGAUCAAGUGGGUGAAAUGCAUGCAUUGUGUUCUGCAGCAAAACCUGUUAUUACAUGGACAGCAAGAGAUGCAAUUCAAGAAUGUCGAGAAGCAUGUGGUGGUCAUGGAUAUUUGCAAGCUAGUGGUUUUGGCCAUUUACGAAAUGAUAAUGAUGCCAAUUGUACCUAUGAAGGAGAUAAUAAUGUUUUAUUACAACAAACAAGUAACUAUCUCCUAGGUCUUCUAAAGAAGAAAAAUGAUGGAUGUGAAUUUAUUCACUUAGAAAGCGUAAACUUUCUUGAUAAGAUGGAUCAAAUUUUAAGAGAAAAGUUCCGUGCUUCUGUUGUGGAAGAUUGUAUGGAUAUGCAAGUUAUCCUAGCAUGCUUUCGUUGGUUGGUUUGCUAUCUUAUGGUAAAAAGCUCAGAAAGAUUUGAUGAACAGAGAUCGCAAACAAAUGAUACUUUCCUGGCAAAGUGUAGCAGUCAAGUUUUCUUUUGUCGUGAUUUAUCAGUUGUUUUCUUAGAACAUGCUGUACUUCAAAAAUUUUAUGCCUUUAUUGUUGAAGAAGCUGCUAAUCCUCAACUUUCAAAUGUAUUGCAUAAACUUGGAUGCUUAUAUGGUUUGUGGUGUCUGCAGAAAUAUUAUACUGUUCUUCAUGAAGGUGGCUACUGUGAUCAGAGAAACCACAGUAGUCUAAUAAAGCAAGCAAUACUAAAACUGUGUUUUGAACUGAAGGAUGAUGCUGUAUCUCUAGUUGAUGUAAUUGCACCUCCUGAUUUUAUACUUAAUUCUGCACUUGGGAGAUCUGAUGGUGAGGUUUAUAAAAAUCUAUAUGAUGCUAUCAUACAUACUCCAGGUUCUUUAGAUCGCCCUUCAUGGUGGAAAGAAUUCUUACAGAAGCCUAAAGUACAUUCACUUCAAGCAAAAUUAUAAUUAGAGCCAAUGAAUUAAGGGCCUUUACUUAGAAAUAUUUGCAUUUUACCAAAUGAGAGCCAAUGAUGUGUAUUUUUAAUGAUGGUGUAUUGUUUCUGAUACACAUUUAAUUUUAAACAUGAAUUUUAUUCAUUAUUUUGGCCAUAAAAAGUUUUGUUAUAUUUAUUUAUUAUGUUUGAAAGUAUUAAUUUUUUUAGCUAGGAUUUUAAAUUUAAAAGAAAAUCACUCUGCACAAUUUUAUGAAUUAUUUUACAAAAAUUGAAUAAUUAGAGGAAAAUUGAUAUCUUCGAUUAUACACUUUGCAUUUUGUCUUUCAGAAGUUUUACAUUGUUUAAUAUAACAUCAUCAUUUUUCAUUUAGCGAAAUACAUACAUAUAUAGGCAUAUUAAAUAUUUCACUAAUGAAAUAAAUGCAUAUCAAUAGAAAUAGAUAUUUUCAUAUAUGUAAUGUUACAACUAACUGAUUUUGCAUUUAGAAUUUAUUUCAGGUUAGAUAUUAACUAUAUAUAUUUACAUAAAACAAAGCAUUUAUUUCUGUGUUCUUAUAAAUGUGAAAUUAAGGUUAAUCCUAAAAAAAAGAUUCUUAAAAUGUUACUGCUAAUUAAACCGGUGAUUUUUGUUAGAUGUUAAUAGUUAGUUAUGAAGUUAUUUGAAGCAUGGUAAAAGCCUGCCUGCAUUUAUUUUUAUGCAUUUGCAGCUUAAUUAACAUUCCAAGGUUUCAUGGGAAAAAUCAAAUACCAAUGCAAUGUUUUUAUUUUGGAUUAUAUGCAUUUUCUUCCUUGUUUCCAUGAAACUAUGACCAUUUUAAGCAGAAAACUGUAUAUAUAAUCAUAUAUAUACUAUUUCGAAAAUUGAAGAUGUCAUCUGGAAACUUAUUAAGGAUUUUGUAGGGAACUAAUGAACUGUACUGGUUUUUAUGCCCCUCCUCUUUAGAAUCUAUUAAAGGCUAUUUACAUUUUUUUGAAAAGAAAUGUAAAUUUUAUAAACUGUUCUAGACCAGUUUUAUUCCUGAAUUUUUUCAUUGUUAUAAUAAAAAAUAAAUCAGAUGGCAGGUAUACACUUUUUUAUUUUCAUUAUUUAAAAAGAAAAUUACAAAUGACACUGAAAAACAAUUCUCUAAUUAAGCCUUCCAACUUCUAAUACAUCCUUCUUAAUUAAACAUUUAGACAUAAACAUAAAAUUGUCCAUAAUAUAUUUUUGAUUAAUACAUACACCUAAACCAUUAUUACUCUGAUUAGUUUGCACUUCAUAAUUAGCCUUCACGUGAAGUUCAAAAAAAUUAAUAUCUAUUUUGUUUAACUAAUGUUAAAAGUCUAUUAUAAAAAUAUUCUACAGAAAAUUUAUAUAUUUGAUAGUUUUAGAUUAUUGAUUUUGCUUGUUGAAGUUGGAAAAGUCAACUGGGUACUAAUGAAAUAGACAUUUUUCUAUAAUACUGUGAUACUGAUUUGCAAACUUGUUACAAGAAACAUUCCAUAAUUUUCAUUGAUUUUAUGUGUAUUAAUUUUGGUGAAAUUAAAACAUGAAGUGAAAUAUAAAAAUGUGCUGGCAUUAAGAUAAAAUUUCUUAUUUUGCCAUGUGAUUAUUGUAGUAAAUGACUGAGUAGUAGUUAAUGUACUAAAUAAGAGCUUUAUUGCAGUAUAUUUUUUGGCAAUGUUAUAAAUUUUAGUGCCAUAAUCAUUUUUAUACUAUAGAAAUUUUAAAAUCUAAUGCCUUAUUGUACUAUAUUCCAAAAUAUAUUACAAAUGCCUUGUACACAUGUUGAAAAUGUGAUUUUAAAUCAAAAUUUUAUAUGAAAACUGUUGAAUGUUUUCCAGAAAUAUUAUUCAUUCUUCUUAAGACUUUAUUAUGUUUACAUUUUGUGAAUAAUAUAUAUUUUUAAAUGCAUUUUCUUCAAACAACCAUGCACGAAAAUUAUUAACAAUGUUCAGCUGCUUACAAUAAUUUUUAUAUGAACUAUUCAAGUUAAGUUGUAUAUCCAUAGUAAGUUUUGUGAUAACUAAAAAUUGAAACGUAUGUAAUAUAUUUUUUUGUUGUUGUUUAUAUUAAAAUGUAAUAUUAAUUUCAUUAAAUGAAACAGCUUUGAAUUUUUUUUUAAAGGACAUGUUUAUUUUUUGGCAAAUUUAGUAAUAUGCAGUUAAGUAAAUAAUUAUUAUCUUGUAGUUGAACUUUUAUGUUCAUGUAGCAACCAUGUAAACAGACAAAUAUAUAAUUACUGUGGUAUUCGAUGCUAGGAUCCAGGACAAAAAAUUAUCCUUUUUAAAAUCAAAAGUUAAAUUCAUUUUUUUAUAUUAUAAUCUUCAAAUUCAAACAGAAAUAUAAAAAAAAAAAAGAUUUUUGAAUGUUGAAAGUUGUUUAAAAUUAUAUUUUAUGGAGUUUAGUUCAAAAAACUUUUGCUAGUGCUAUUAUAUACAAGAUUUAGGUAGUAAAAAUGUAAAUCAUAGUUAUUGUGUAUGAAUAUUUAUUUUCUGGUAGUGAAAUGGUGAUGGUUAUUUCUGAAGUAUAAAUAUUUUUUUGUUAAGAAAGAUGUCUUAUUAAGCUUUUUAUAAACAUUUGCAACUGCCAUCAGAAUUCACCAAUAUAUCAAUCUUUGAGGUUCAGUGCAUUAUUAAAUAAAAAUGUCAUGGCAACAAAUAGUUACAUUUUUGAUCCCUAAAAAAAAUUAGUAGUAGUUUUAAAAGAGUUUUUUUACAUGAUUAUUAGUUACAAAUUGAAAGUGAAAAGACCAUUGAAUGUAUGCUGUAGUUAAAGAUAUUUUAGUAAAACAUUAGUCUUAUAUUUACUAGAAAGCAAAAUUCAAUCAUUUAAUAUUGUUGCAUUGAAUUCUGACAGUAAAGAUUUUAUAUAGAACUGCCCAUUCAAGACAAAUUCCAACAAUAAUAUAUUGGUAUAAAUAUAUCCUCUUAAGCUUGAAAGAGUUAGGUGAAUUAAAGUGAAACAACUGCAUGUGUUUCGAAGUGUGUGAAUUUUAUAGUCAUGCUUGGUUCCUAUUGAUGUAAUAUUGUUACAAUCAUCUAGUUUUGGUGUUUUUUACAUUUUUGUUUGUUUUUGAUCAAAAUAUUAGAAAACUAUUUUAUAGUAUUCUUCCAAAUGUAUUAUUUUGAAUAAUUUUGUAUUAUUACAGUGGCUUAUUGAUUGAAACAAAUUUUGCUUUUCUUUCACGUUACUGCUUAUGAAAAAUAAAGUCUUUGUUAUUCGA